UCUGAGCCGAGUUCUUUGGGAGGGACUGUGGCUGACGGCCUGUGUGCCGCGAUGGCUCGGCACCGGAACGUCCGAGGCUAUAACUACGAUGAAGAUUUUGAAGACGAUGAUUUGUAUGGCCAGUCUGUGGAGGACGAUUAUUGUAUUUCACCGUCAACAGCUGCUCAGUUUAUUUACUCACGACGUGACAACCCUGUAGAAGAAUAUGGUUAUGAAGAUCUGAAAGACUCUUCUAAUUCUUUUCUGAAUCAACAGUUAAGUGAAAUUGACCAAGCUCGACUUUGUUCAUGCCUUGAUCACAUGAGAGAGGUCCUGGGAGAUGCUGUGCCUGAUGACAUACUGACUGAAGCAGUUCUCAGAAACAAGUUUGAUGUCCAGAAGGCUCUGUCAGUGGUUCUGGAGCAAGAUAAUGUGCAGAAUUGGAAGGGGGAGAGCGGACGAGCGGUGUCUGCAGGAAAGGCAUCAAAAGGAAAAUCAGUUGGAUCUCGGUCAUCUCAGAGUGAGUCUGAAAUUGUGCCAAAAGUUGCUAAAAUGACUGUAUCUGGGAAGAAGCAAACUAUGGGAUUUGAAGUGCCUAGCUUAACCUCUGAGGAGAAUGGAGAUAGUCUGCAUACUCCUCACAAAGGACCUCCUGGUGACGAUGGCAGCAUUGCUUCUCCUAAUGUUCUUGAGACCAGCACUCAUAAAUCUGCCCUUCUACCUCCCUCCAUUCAAGCAUCAGAAGAGCUGAGUUCAAAUCCAGCACCAGUGAAAAAGUCUGGCAAGCUGAGGCAGCAGAUAGACGUGAAGGCUGAGCUGGAGAAGCGUCAGGGCGGGAAGCAGCUGCUCAACUUAGUGGUCAUUGGUCAUGUUGAUGCUGGGAAAAGUACUCUGAUGGGCCAUAUGCUUUAUCUUCUGGGUAAUGUAAACAAAAGAACUAUGCAUAAGUAUGAACAAGAAUCUAAAAAGGCUGGCAAGGCUUCAUUUGCAUAUGCAUGGGUCUUGGAUGAGACUGGAGAAGAAAGGGAAAGGGGAGUAACAAUGGAUGUUGGCAUGACGAAGUUUGAAACCACAACCAAAGUUAUUACAUUAAUGGAUGCUCCGGGCCAUAAGGAUUUCAUUCCCAACAUGAUCACUGGAGCAGCUCAGGCUGAUGUAGCUGUUUUAGUUGUGGAUGCCAGCAGAGGAGAGUUUGAAGCUGGAUUUGAGACUGGAGGACAGACCCGAGAGCAUGGCCUGUUAGUCCGAUCUCUUGGAGUGACACAGCUUGCUGUAGCUGUCAAUAAAAUGGAUCAGGUAAAUUGGCAACAAGAAAGAUUUCAAGAGAUUACUGGAAAACUUGGCCACUUUCUUAAGCAAGCAGGUUUUAAGGAGAGUGACGUAGCUUUUAUCCCUACGAGUGGUCUCAGUGGUGAAAAUUUAAUCACAAGAUCACAGUCGAGUGAGCUCACCAUGUGGUAUAAAGGAUCCUGUUUAUUAGAACAAAUUGAUUCCUUCAAGCCCCCUCAACGAGCCAUUGACAAACCUUUUAGGUUAUGUGUGUCAGAUGUCUUCAAAGAUCAAGGAUCUGGCUUUUGUGUGACUGGUAAAAUUGAAGCUGGUUAUAUCCAAACUGGAGACCGACUGUUAGCAAUGCCACCCAAUGAAACUUGUACUGCAAAAGGAAUCACUCUGCAUGAUGAACCUGUUGAUUGGGCAGCAGCGGGUGAUCACGUUAGUCUUACUUUGGUUGGGAUGGAUAUCAUCAAAAUCAAUGUUGGUUGUAUAUUUUGUGGCCCCAAAGAACCUAUUAAGGCUUGCACUCGCUUCAGAGCCCGGAUCCUCAUCUUCAAUAUUGAAGUUCCUAUCACUAAAGGAUUUCCUGUGCUGUUACACUACCAAACCAUCAGUGAGCCUGCUACUAUUAAGCGAUUGAUUAGUGUCUUAAACAAAAGUACUGGUGAAGUCACAAAGAAAAAGCCCAAGCUGCUGAGCAAGGGCCAGAACGCAUUGGUAGAGCUGCAGACACAGAGACCAGUGGCCCUGGAGCUCUACAAAGACUUCAAGGAGCUGGGGAGGUUUAUGCUGCGGUAUGGUGGCUCCACAAUAGCUGCUGGUGUUGUCACUGAGAUAAAAGAGUGAUGGGUCCACCAUGUUUCCAAAUGCGGUGAGACAGUCGGCCACAGAGGCAUCCAGUGGUGCGGAGAUGGAAACAGUGUGCAGUUGAUGUUUUGUAGAUGAGAGAAACUAAAGCUAUAAUUAGCUGCCAAGAAGUAUUAAUAAUCACUCCUGUAAAAAUUUCGAGUUGCCAAGUGACAAAGAAAGGCCCAUAUUGUACUUCCGUUUCAAAAGCAGUUUUUCCCUGUGGGGUGGUAGUAAAUGCAUCUGUUUUCCCGAGGUUGUGAGGGUUAUCCAAAGACACUUAAAUCAUCAUGAAAUGGACUCAGCUUCCAGCCAAACCAAAACCAUGUUUGUUUUCUGUUUUCAUGCUCCUGCUCCAUGCAUGUUCCAAGGAAGGGUAUCUAAUUGGGGCUUUUGAUGUAGUCAGUCUUUGACCUGGUGCUUUUUUUAGUUAACACUAAGAAAAGAUUUACUGACAGUAAUAGUAAAGCUAUUCUGUGUUGAAAAAAGAAAACGUCCUCACGUUCAACAAGUCUACCUUCAGAAGUGUGAUUGGAAGUGACUGAAAGCUGUUCUUAGGUCACUAAGAUAUUAUUUAAGUUGAAAAGCCAGCUAAUAAAAGGCCUUAGUUUAAGCAUA